UCUUCCCUCUCAUUUGGUUAUGGUUGUUUAGAUUGAUUUGUUGGAGUUGGAUUGGUGGGUGGGGAAAGAAGAAAGAAGAAAGAAGAAAGAGUUGAGGUGAAUGAGAAGGGAAAUGUGAUGGGAAGUGGAGUUUCAAGCCUCCGUUGGUGCUACGGGAGGAACCAACCGGCCGACCAGGAUGUCCUAUUCAAGGCCACCGACCCAUUGGACGAAACCCUAGGACACUCCUUCUGUUACGUCAGAUCCUCCGCUCGCUUCCUCUCACCUACUCACUCCGAUCGCUUCCUCAGCCCCUCCACCUCCCUCCGCUUCUCCCCCACUCAUGAGCCCCGAACCCAUGAAACCGGCUUCAAAGCCAUUUCCGGAGCCUCCGUUAGCGCCAACAGCUCUCUCCCCACUACAGUCAUUCACUUUGACGAAGACACCCUCGAUUGCGUCGGAGCUAACACCAAGGGCAAUAUCGUCAAUGGCUUCGAAAGCACGGCGUCGUUUAGCGCGCUCCCGCUCCAGCCCGUUCCCCGAGGCGGCGAGCCCUUCCAGGUCAGCGGCUUCUUCCUCUCCGGUCCAAUCGAGGCCAACGCCGUCUCCGGUCCUCUACCCGCCGCCGAAGGCGGCGGCGGCGGCGACGUUCCCUUCUCUGCGCCGCUUAGCGGGCUCUACGGAAAGAAAAGCAGGAAGAAGAAGGUGAUUUCGGGAUUCCGGAAGGCGUUCAAUCGGAACGCCACAGAGAUGAAGAGACCGUGGGUGGUGCCGGUGCCGGAGAAGAAGGAGGCGGCGGCGGCGGAGGCGAAGGGCGGUGAGGGCAAUGUGCAGUGGGCGUUGGGAAAGGCUGGGGAGGAUCGCGUCCACGUGGUGGUGUCGGAGGAGCAAGGGUGGUUGUACGUUGGGAUUUACGACGGUUUCAAUGGCCCAGACGCGCCGGAGUUUCUGAUGGGGCACCUCUACCGUGCUGUUCACAGCGAGCUACAAGGCUUGUUCUGGGAGCUGGAAGACGAACAACCGUUGCCGCAAGAGACUAAUCCCGUGGUGGAAGGAACGCAGAGUAAACGGCGUAAACUGUGGGAGCUUCUCGCUGAGGACGGACUGGACCUUUCUGGUUCGGAUAGGUUUGCGUUUUCCGUGGACGAUGCGUUGAGCGUUAACAACGCCAAUGCGGGGUCUGCUGUGAGUAGGAGGUGGCUGUUGCUGUCGAAGUUGAAGCAGGGAUUAUCGAAGCAGAAGGAGGGUGAAAGGAGGGGGUGGAAUUUGGGUAAUGAGGAGAAGGAAAAGGAGAAGCCCUCUGGGAGGAAGCGGAAGGUGGGUCCUGUGGAUCAUGGACUUGUUUUGAGUGCGUUGUCUCGGGCACUUCAAGUCUCGGAGGUUGCGUAUUUAGAUAUGACGGAUAAGCUUCUGGAUACGAAUCCGGAGCUUGCUUUGAUGGGUUCGUGUUUGUUGGUUGUGUUGAUGAGGGAUGAGGAUGUGUAUGUGAUGAAUGUUGGGGAUAGUAGGGCUAUUGUUGCACACUAUGAACCAAAGGAUGUCGAUUCUACUGUUGAAUCGGGAAGCAAGGUAGGUGUUGAGUCCGGUGCUGAGAGCAUAGUUGAGGAGUCAUUGGGUUUGGGUCAAAGUGAAAAUGCUCAACAAAUGAGGUUGGCGGCGUUGCAACUCUCUACUGACCACAGCACCAGCAUUGAAGAAGAAAUCAUUAGGAUUAAAAACGAGCAUCCUGAUGAUACCCAAUGUAUAGUCAAUGACAGAGUCAAAGGUCGCCUGAAGGUCACCAGAGCAUUUGGCGCUGGAUUUUUGAAACAGCCGAAGUUGAAUGAUGCGGUACUAGAGAUGUUUCGAAAUGAAUAUAUUGGCACUGCUCCGUAUAUUUCCUGCUCUCCCUCACUACGUCACCACAGAUUAUGCCAGAGAGAUCAGUUCCUGAUCCUUUCAUCUGAUGGUUUAUAUCAAUAUCUAAACAAUGAAGAAGUGGUUUCUCAUGUUGAGAGCUUCAUGGAAAAAUUUCCUGAAGGAGAUCCGGCCCAACAUUUAAUAGAAGAGGUGCUUCUCCGUGCAGCUAAGAAAGCUGGAAUGGAUUUUCAUGAAUUGCUUGAUAUACCACAAGGAGAUCGGAGGAAGUAUCACGAUGAUGUUACUGUCAUGGUAAUAUCACUUGAAGGGAGAAUCUGGAAAUCGUCAGGAAAAUAUCCGUGAGACAAUGAGACCUUAAACUGUUGGCUUAUACAUGUGAUGACAUUUUUGCACCCGUGUGUGCCAUGAAGGCAGUGCUGAAGUUUCAGAGCAGGUCCAUUUGUCAUUGGUCUGGGUGUGUUUUUCGCGAUCUUGCGACAUUAAAAAUUAUCAACUGAGGAAUCUCAGAUUUAAUUGGCAAAAAGCUACCGCUAUAGCUGUCCAAAAUUAAGGAAAGCUAAAUGCAAUGGUAUGAGCUAAGAACAGGCAUUGCAGAUGGACCUUGUGAAUUCUGUUGACGAGUUAAAAAAAAAGAAGCAAAGCCGCUGCUUCUUUUUCCAUUGGCAGCUCGAUUCUCUCUCCCCCGUUUUUUUUCCAGCUGUAUAGAUGAUAAAUUAUAGAAAUUUUGAUAGCCGAGACACUUUCCAUUAGUUUUCAUUUUUCUUUUCUUAACUUUCUAAUAGCCAAGAAAAUGGGUGUAUAUGGGUGGGGAUACAAUUGUAUUGAUUGAACUCGACUAGUCAGUCCUUUGUCAGAAACGACGAUCUGUAACGGAGAGUGGAUAUCCACCGUUGCCAAUUAAAAUGAUUAUUCUCAAUUA